UUGACUCUUGCACCUGUCCUUCUCGCUGCUCACCUGUGUUCUCGCCUUUGUGUCCAAGGAAAACUAUGGAAGAAGAGUCAGCGAUAGGCUCUCCGCGACCUGCUGCGAGGAUACAGAAUGAAUUCCCUGACGAUACCGUAAAGAUUAUGCUGGCUACCGACAAUCACAUUGGAUACCUGGAGCGCGAUCCAGUUCGUGGCCAGGAUUCUAUCAACACCUUUCGGGAGAUCCUGCAGCUAGCAGUGAAACAUGACGUCGACUUCGUCCUACUCGCGGGUGACCUUUUCCACGAAAAUAAGCCUUCUCGCAGCUGCAUCUAUAAUACCAUGGCACUUCUGCGCGAAUACACCAUGGGUGACAAACCGGUCCAAGUCGAACUGAUGAGUGACCCAGAUGAUGGAAAGGCGGAUGGUUUCUCGUUCCCCGCCAUCAACUACGAAGAUCCCAACUUUAAUGUUGGCAUCCCAGUGUUUUCGAUCCACGGCAACCACGAUGAUCCUCAGGGCGCUGGCGCAGAUGGUGCCUUAUGUGCCCUGGACGUUCUCUCCGUCUCUGGUCUUCUAAAUUAUAUGGGCAAAAUUGAUCUCCCGGUAUCAGACGCCGAAGCCCCAACGACAGGGAUCGCCAUUCGGCCCGUGCUUCUGCGAAAGGGGAACACACAUCUCGGACUGUAUGGUAUUGGUAAUGUUAAAGACCAGAGAAUGCACUUUGAACUUCGGAGUAAUCGCGUUCGGAUGUUCAUGCCAAAGAACAAGGAAGAAUGGUUUAACAUACUACUCCUGCACCAGAACCGCGUCAAACAUGGCCCUCAAGAGUGCGUUCCAGAGGGUAUGUUUGACGAUAGCAUAGAUCUGGUUGUGUGGGGACAUGAGCACGACUGUCGUAUUGUUCCGGAGCCAGUUGGAGGCAAAGAAUAUUAUAUCACUCAACCUGGCUCCUCUGUUGCAACUUCCCUUGCCGAUGGAGAGGCACUGGAGAAACAUGUAGCUCUGCUGAAAAUCCAAGGCAAGGACUUCCAGUUGUCUCCGAUACCCCUACGCACAGUUCGACCCUUCGUGAUCGAGGAAGUCGUCCUGAGCGAAGUCGCAGAAGAGGAGGGCUUCGAACUCGACGACCAGAUGGCCAUUACGAAGUUCCUCAAAGGCAAGGUGAACAUUCUGAUUGACCAAGCCAACACACUGUGGGACGAACGCAAUGCUCGCGCAGUCGAAGAGGGAGAAGAGGAGCUCCCACGUAUGCUUCCCCUCGUCCGACUCAAAGUCGAUACUACUGGCGUCAGCGAAAUGUCAAAUCCCAUUCGUUUUGGGCAGGAAUUCCAAGGCCGGAUAGCUAAUCCGCGAGACUUGCUCGUCUUCCACCGGACGAAGAAAUCCACUCGGGCUUCAAAAGUGGCUAUCGACCAGCCAGAACUGAGUAUAGACGAUCCCAAUAUGAGCGCAUCAGAAAAGUUGGAAAAAGUGAGGGUAUCGACAUUGGUGAAAGAAUACCUUGCGGCGCAGGAACCACAACUACUUGGAGAAAAUGGAAUGUCAGAUGCGAUACAGAUAUUCGUGGAAAAGGACGACACACAUGCUAUUCAAUCACACGUCGGCAAAGUUCUCAAGUCUAUGAUGAAAGAUGUCAAAGCAAAUGGAGAGAUCGACGAAGAUGACCUUGAUGAUGUGCUCACGAAAGUCAGAGCGCAACAAGAGAAGGAGUACGAAGAAAGCCAACGCCCGACAAAAUCAGCGAAAGCCAAGGGCAAAGCGAGAGCGGAAGAAUCCGAUGCUCCUUCUGAGGAUUCGAUGAUGAUGGAGAUAGACACGGGCAACAUUGGUCGUGUCUCUGACUUUGACGAGUCAGAUGAGCCCGCACCCAAGAAAAAGGCACCUGCCAAGAAGGCCCCCGCAGCGAAGAAAGCACCUGUCAAAAAGGCACCAGCCAAAAAAGCACCUGCGAAAGGUCGGGGAAAGAAACAAGUCGAAAGUGACUCGGAUGAAGUCAUUGAGAUACCCGAUGAUAUCGAUGACGAUGACGACGAAGAUGAAGAGGAACCAGCGCCAAAACCCACGAAGAGGACGAAUAGGGCUGCAGUGCUCAGCCAACCUGCACCAAAGAAAGCUCCAGCCAAGAAAAAGACUACAGCAACGACCGCGAAGCAAUCUCAGCUCAGCUUUGCUCCCACUGCAGGACGGUCUUCAAGAGCUGCUGCGACGAAGGCGAAAGCGAAAAUGGUGGUCGAUUCGGACAGCGAAUAAAGUAUGCUUACUUGUUUUGCGCUUACGGUGCUUACGAUGGAUGGUUGGGCCAACUGAUACGUUGGACCACGAUUGUAUAUAUGCUUUCAUAUAUUUCCCUAAGUACAAUCUGUGUUUUGUUUCCACCAUGUAGCCGGCAAUCCCGGACCGGUGUCAUGCGCGUCAGUG